UUCUCCGCUAAAGAAAUCAUUAGUAAAGUGAAAUACAAACACUGUCCGAAUUUGACUAUUAUAGAUACUCCAGGGCUUAUUGCUCCUGCUCCUGCUCGGACUAAUCAUGCUUUGCAGGUGUUUUCUCAAUCCACCAAGUAUUUCUAGUUAGUUUUGUUCCAUAAAUUUCUGUAAUUGUGAUUCUUGUAUUUGGUGGUGAGUGGUAACAUGCAAGCAGAGCCAAGCGCGAGCGGUGGAGUCCUUAGUGAAAACAAAGAUGCAGCAUAAAGAAUUCAUUAUAUUAUGCCUUGAAGAUUGUAGUGACUGGAGUAAUGCAAUGACAAGGAGGGUUGUAAUGCAAGUUGAUCCAGAGCUUUCAAGAACUGUCAUUGUCUCUACCAAACUUGAUACCAAAAUUCCUCAGUUUGCACGUUCUUCUGAUGUGGAAGUUUUUCUCUCUCCACCUGCAUGUACGCUUGAUGGCUUCAUAUUGGGCAACUCUCCUUUCUUUACAUCUCUGCCUUCUGGAAGAGUUGGUUCUGAGCAUGAUUGCGUUUACAGUUCAAAUGAAGAGUUUAAACGGGUUUGCUCCUGCUUCCAGUAAAAUCAUGGAGUUGAUUAUGGUACCGAGACGUUUUUUCUUCUUUUGUGGC